AUGGCAGAAGGAUUUGCGAGUGUCGCUUGUUUUUCCAUUACCACGCUUUUGGUUGUGUCGUUAGCCAAUCUGAUUCUUUUGAUUAUGAUGAUCUUGGAGUCGAGAAAAAAGUGUACGGUUGAUAGCGAUGUAACUGACAGUGCUUUUCGCUUCGGAGCAUUGCAAGCUGAAGAUAAAUUUUCUUCCUUGAUUCAUAAAAAUAAUAUUCCAAGCGCUAAUUCGAAUUUUAUGGCUGCUUUGGUACUCUUAAAGGGUACAUCGAUGACUUUGAUAUGUGGGACAACCAUUAUAAGUAAAUUUUGGGUUGUAACAACGGGGCACUGCUGUGAACUCAUACGAAUAUAUCCAUUCGAGAAGUUGAAGUUAGCUAGUAACUCGGAAAAUUGGCGAAAAGGCAAAAAACACUCUGUGGAAAACUUGGUGCAGCACAUUAACUUCACUGCUAAAAGCUCAUCAUUUAAUGUGUGUCUAGUAAAAGCGGGCUCGCCAUUUAAAGAAGAACACGAAAAACCCAUUGCUUUGUCUGGCUCAAACUAUCGCUAUAUAACGGACACUUCGGCUAUUACUUUAGGAUGGAGUUCAAAUAAAGGAGUAGUUAGCAACCACGUCUACAGCAUCGAUAUGAACUUGAUAUCAUUUCAACGAUGUAAAACGUUGAUUAAAACAGAUCGGGUAGAUGAAACGAUGGUUUGCGCUUACAAUAUCGACAGGGGCGAUUGUCGUUUCGACUCAGGAGGACCAUUGAUUCAGAACAACAUCCUGAUAGGAAUAGUCUCGUUUGAAACGGAUUGUGCUAAAAGAGCGCCACCCAGAGUUUUCACUAGAAUGUCUUACUUUGAAAAAUGGUUUCAGGUGAUAGAAAAACAGAAUGGUAUUACUAUAGGAGCAGUUUUUCAAAACUGA